AAAAAGAAAAAAGGAAAAAGGAAAAAGAAAAACUGCCAAAAACCAUCGAAGCUCUCUCUCUCUCUCUCUCUCUCUCUCUCUCUCUCUGUUGAGCUCGCGGCAAUGGACGAAGAGCAGAAGUCGGUCCUGCUGAAAUCCUCAUCGCAGUUCCCAAUCCCGCCAGACGUGAAGUUCUCGUACGGGACGUCCGGUUUCAGAGCAGAUGCGCUGUUGCUCGAGUCCACGGUGUUCAGGGCAGGGAUUCUGGCCGCCCUGAGGUCCAUCAAGACCCGGUCGAUGAUCGGGCUGAUGAUGACGGCCUCCCACAACAAAAUCUCCGACAAUGGCAUCAAGAUCGCUGAUCCCAGCGGAGGGAUGCUCACUCAGCAGUGGGAACCUUUUGCUGAUGCCCUCGCCAAUGCCCCUGACUCCGAUCGUCUGCUCCAGCUAAUAGUUGAAUUUGCCGAAAAAGAGAACAUCAAAUUUGAUGGGGAUUUCCGGCCCGAGAUUUUGUUGGGCAGAGAUACAAGGCCUAGUGGAGAAUCUCUUCUUGAAGCUGCUAAACAGGGAAUUCAUUCAAUUGUCGGAUCGGUUGGCAGUGAUAUGGGAGUUGUGACUACUCCACAACUUCAUUGGAUGGUUCGUGCCAGAAACAAGGGUAUGAAAGGAUCAGAACUGGAAUAUUUUGAGCAGCUCUCCAGCUCUUUCAGGUGCUUGGUGGAUCUGAUCCCAGGUGGAUCUAAGACUGACAGUGCUGAGAAUAAAUUGAUUGUGGAUGGAGCACAUGGGGUUGGUGGAGAAAAACUCGAUUCUUUGAUGAAGUUACUGGAUGGGUUAAAUAUUGAGGUUCGUAAUUCUGGGAAAGGGACAGGUAUACUUAAUGAGGGAGUCGGCGCAGAUUUUGUGCAAAAAGAGAAGGUCGUCCCUGAUAAUUUUGAUUCAAAUGAUAUUGGAAAAAGGUGUGCUAGUUUGGAUGGAGAUGCUGAUCGGCUUGUAUAUUUCACAGUGCCAUCAGCAGAUAGCAGUAAGAUUGACCUUGUCGAUGGGGACAAGAUCCUGUCCUUGUUUGCUCUCUACAUCAAAGAGCAGCUCUCCCUUUUGAGCACAACUGGUGCUGAAGACAACUCUUAUAAACCUCAUCUGGGGGUCGUGCAGACAGCUUAUGCCAAUGGAGCAUCCACAGAUUAUCUCAAAGGGUUGGGCCUUGAAGUUGCAUUGACUCCAACAGGAGUCAAAUACUUGCAUGAGAAAGCUGCUGAGUAUGACAUCGGUAUCUACUUUGAGGCAAAUGGGCAUGGCACCAUUUUGUUCUCAGAAAGGUUUCUGUCCUGGUUGGAGGAUAAGAACAAAGAGCUUGCUUCAGCAUCUGAAGGUUCACAGCAGCAGAAAGCUGCUCUGAGAUUGUUGGCAGUGAGUAAGCUGAUCAACCAAGCAGUAGGAGACGCAUUGAGUGUGUUGCUGCUAGUUGAGGCCAUUCUGCAGCACAAGGGAUGGUCAAUACAGUAUUGGAAUGGCCUCUAUCAAGAUUUACCCAGCAAGCAAAUUAAGGUCAUCGUUAAGGACAGAACAGCUGUUGUCACCACCAAUGCUGAAACUCAGGUUGCGAGUCCACAGGGCAUUCAAGAAGCAAUCAAUUCUGAAACAGCAAAAUACCCUUGGGGCCGAUCAUUUAUUAGACCUUCGGGCACAGAGGAUGUAAUACGAGUGUAUGCAGAGGCCUCGACGCAGGAUGCAGCAGAUAGCUUAGCAAGCUCUGUGGCCAAGCUUGUGGACAAGUAUCUUGGAAUCAGCAGCUCCUGAUCAGUAAUAUUAGUCUCUUUUUUCCUUUUGCUGACUUGCAAUCAAUAAUCAGCAACAUCAUCGGGGCUGUGAAGGACUAAUUUUUCCUCCUUGUACCCUGUAUCAGAAAUUUUGCUCAUCGAACCGAGUUGCUAACUGGUUUCAUUUGUAGUUCGGUUUUCAAUUUUGUACGUUCCAAAUUGUAGGAAAUAUGAAAACUAUAUGUAUCUUCAAGUAUUCGGUAUAUGUUCUUCUCU